CGUCACGCGCGGCCUGCUUUCUUGUUUCAGCUUUAAAACUGAUAUUUUUGAACGAUAUAAACGAUCUGAAAAAGUGAAAAAUAUUUAAAAGUGUUUGUGGUCUUUCAUGUUAUUUCCAAUUGUAGUUAUUGAACCUUUUUAUAGUUAAGCUUUGUUUCCAAGUAGUUUAAGAUGGACGAGCCGAAGUUUAAAAAACUAUUAAAAAGAUAAAUUAGAAAACAGCCGAAAUUAUGUACCGUGUGGAUCUAUCCGUGGAGUCUGAUUAUACUGUCGGCACUGUCCCGGAGACGGUAAAUGAGACGUAUGUUAGUGAUGUCAAUAACAGUACAUACAUAUCCAGAAGUAAUGAAAGCCAAUAUGCUAUGGAAGACGAGGAGUUUAUAUUCGACAGAACAGAUGUUAGGGCUAUAUUUAUCACGCUUUACACAAUCGUGUUCUGCUGCUGUUUCUUUGGAAAUCUUCUCGUAAUUCUAGUGGUGACUCUCUCAAGACGACUGCGGUCUAUAACUAACUUCUUUCUGGCUAAUUUGGCUGUUGCUGAUUUAUGCGUUGGAGUAUUCUGCGUUUUUCAAAAUCUAACAAUAUAUCUUAUUCCAAGCUGGGUGUUCGGAGAUUUUCUAUGCAAGAUGUAUCAGUUUGUGCAUUCGUUGAGUUACACAGCCUCGAUAUUUAUACUAGUAGUGAUUUGUACGGAGCGAUACUUCGCUAUCAUACACCCUAUAACGUGUAAACAGAUACUGACGUCAACGAGAUUGAGGUUGGUGAUUUUGGGUGUAUGGAUAACCAGUGCAGCCUACAGUGCUCCUAAGUUUAUAUGGGUGGAGACGAUCACAAACGACUUAGGCGACGGCCGCAUGGAAACAAUUUGCAUUCAACACCAGAUGAAAUACAACUCUAAAAUAUUCGACAUGGUCAAUUUUGGUCUUCUCUACGUGACACCUCUCUGCGUGAUGACGGUGCUCUACACAAGAAUCGCGGUGGGCUUAUGGCAGAGUUCACACGGACUCGGGCAGCUAGGACAGGGGAAAUGCUGUGCAACGCAGUGCCCACGCGUGGACAAAUCUGUCGCUGCAAGCUGUGAAACCCAGAGGACUCCUCUAGGAACAUCUGACACUAAGAGGAAAGUACCAACACCGCCGAGAAGUUCAAAAUCACAUGAAACUCGAAACUGUCAUCAUUUGAGCCACCUCUCCCGAAAUGUGCUGCGCGCGCGCCGCGGUGUCGUGCGCAUGCUGAUUGUCGUCGUGCUAACCUUUGCCAUAUGCAAUCUACCGUUUCACGCACGCAAGAUGUGGCAAAACUGGUCGAGCGGCUACCGGGGUACGAGUGACUUCAGCGCUCUCUUAACACCACUGACCUUCCUGAUCACAUACUUCAACUCUGGAAUUAAUCCGCUAUUGUACGCGUUCCUGUCUAAGAACUUUCGGAAAGGUAUGCGCGAACUCUUAUUUUGUAAUUUUCCCGGGAAAAGGAAGAGCGAUAAUUUAAUACUAUUGAAUCGCGUCGGUGGAAUGGGAUUGCGAAGGAGUUCAACACGAUCCACACGUGCUAACUGCAGCACGGUCACGAUGGCUCCCAAUGGGGACUCAUGAGGCUUACAUCGCCGCAGGUUUCUCUGUAAAAUCGAAAAUGCUGACAUAUCCUGAUCAACGGAGAGUACCGAUGAGGUGACUAGUAGCAGCUUUUGUACGGUUUCAACGAUUUCUAGACGAGAUUUGUACGAUUAAAUCUUUGUAAUGAGCCGAUUAAUUGUGAAAACCAAAAGGACUAUGUUGAAUUAGUGAUCUCAUGAGCUUACCAUAGUAUGUAUAUGUUGUGAUUGGUAAACGAUAUUUAUGAGCGAAAAUCUAUUUGUUUGUUUUCACUGUUGUAUAAACAAAUUAGGUACUUUAUUAAACUUCGUUUUAAAAUAUGUAUGUAAUAUUUUUUUCUUUUAAAUGUAAAUAUUUAUAUUGAAACUCUUCAUACAAAUUAAAUAAUAUUCAUAUGCUUGCAGAUAUAUUUAUGCAGAAUAAUGAUGUACCUUUACAAACAUAUUAGUAGUAGUUAAGUAUAGUAAGUUUAUUAAAAAUUUCUUACAC